AAUUUGUUUCCAACUACAUUUCUCUCUACUCUCAAUCUCUUCGAAAAACAUUAACAAUGACAAAAAAACAUGCAGUUUUGUCACUUUUGUGUAACGCUGAUUUUGAUAUGGCUUAUAGUUCUAAAUUUCCCCAACACAAAUGCCGCAAGAGGCAAUCCAUCAAAACUAUUGCCUCCACCCCGUACAAGUCAUAACUCUCCUUCAGCUCUCACCCAAACCCCACCGAUUCAUAUAUCCGAUUACUAGGUGUCCUAAUAAUAUUCGUCAUCACAGCAGCUCGAGGUGGGCCGGGCAAGAUCGCCGUUCAGGGCCAUCCAUCGCCAAGUGCUCAUUCAGCAGUCGGCCAAAACCCACCAAGUGGUUCACGCCAGGUGUGUAGUACAAAAAUUUAUGGAAGCUGUAUGGCCGAGAAAACAAAGCCAGUAGCUUGCUCAGCCUAUAAUAGAGAUUGUGGCAGAAAUUAGUAAUGCAUGCAAGAUUAAUAUAGUGAAGAAUCGAAUUCUAUGUAGUCCCAAGGAUGGAUAAGAUAUUUCUUAUGUGUGAUGCAACUAUAUAUAAUUUUUUUUAUAUAGAAUUUAGUUUCUUGUAGUUCUGAUUAUUCAUAAUGAUGCCACAUAUAUAAGUGGUAAGGCCAAUAUACAUAUAGCUUGUUUUAC